AUGACAACACGAUAUUUCGGUGCUGGUGCCUUAAAAGAGUAUGAGGACUAUCACGAUGCAACUUGUGAAGCUUGUCAAACUGCAGAAAUUCGCGGAAAUCGUUAUGAUUGCCAUUCUUGUUCGAUCACUCUUUGCCAGAAUUGCUAUCUAACAAAAGAUUAUGGCUCUGCCCCUCAACAUAAUGAUUUUCAUACUUGUAAAGUGACACCAUGUCCUUUGGAUCGUUUGGCUUCACCGCAACAAAAUGUUUCUUGUAAUGGAUGUCUAUCCGAGAAUUUUCUCGCUAUUUGCUAUCAUUGUGAAGUCUGUGAUGAGUUUAAUUUGUGCGAACAUUGCCAUUUGGAAGCUCGAUACGCGCCGAUCGAGAAUACAAUUGUUAAGCAUGAAAGUGGACAUAAGAUGAAGGAGAUUCUUCCCAUUGAGCGCGAAGAUCGAAGCGAAUUUGUGGUAACAGCGUGUGCAAUCGAAUUCCAACAAUUGAUGGGAUCUCAAAUGGUGGCCCAGCCUGACACCUAUUAUCUAAAUGAUCAAGAGGGACUUCAUGUACUUGGACAAAAAUCGGCUUUUGCUCUUUUUGGACCACCUAAGAUUCUAUUUGUAGAGCCCAACUGUCGAACUUAUGAUGAUUGGAUAGAUUUCACAAAGAAGAAUCAGUUUCCUGAGGGCGAGCUGAUCUGUCCGGAACGAGGCGUUUACACUCUCGAUAAGAAUGGGAGAAUCGAAUUGGAACAACGAAAAUCUGCUGAUUGUAAGUUGACAAGGCAAAUCGUUCGAUCUGGAGAUAUUGUGGCAACAGUUGGAGCAGUUGGAGCGACAACGCUUGGCCUUGUCGGUCUCUUUACUCCAUUGGCUCCAGUUGCGGCAACAACGUUGGCCUAUUCGGGAGCAGCUCUAACAACUUGGGCAGUUGGUAGAACCGGUCAACAAAUGUAUGAUAGAAACUCGCACGAACAAACGCUAAAUCCCUUAACUGAUCGAGACGCUUUUUUCUGUUGGUUUACUCUUCUAUCCGCUGCCGCUCCAAUUGGAACUCAAUUAGCUGUUAAUCAUUUAAGUUUAUUGGCUCAAGAAGGUGCUCAAAUCAGUAGAACCACUCAACUCUUGACAAACAUUGCAAUUUUUGGAGGUAUCGGCAUUGGAGGCUUUGGUCUAUUGUCUUCAACCGCAAAUCUAGUUUCAAAUUUGAAGAAAGGACGAAAACCGACACCUUUAGAGAUCUUCCAGCUAAGCGCUGGCUUGUUAUUCUUCUCUCAUUCGGUAGCCAAUGUGAAACAAGCCAGUCAGAUCAUCAAUGAUAUUCACAAUAAACAAACAAUUGAUAUGGUUGUUCCAGAGAAGAAAGAUCGACUGGAUAUAGACGAUUUUACUUUACUAAAAGAGGGAAAUAAGGAACAGAACGAGCAUCAUCAAACAUUGGUUAAAGAUGGAAAUCUGAAAGGAAUGACUCCACCAAAAGUCGAACGUUAUGCAGAAGGGAUUGCUGAUCGAACGAGAAUGUCUCUCUAUGGUGGAAGUAAUUCUGAUCAAGCUUCUGUUACAACAAUUCUUUCAAUGGAACCAGCUGAAUUGAGUAGAAGAAUCAAACGCGCGAUUAAACCGGAACAACUGAAUGGACGACAUAAUGUGGAGCUAGAGGGAACCUAUCACGCGAUCAAUCAACAUUUUGACCCAAAGACGAAAGCUUUCAGAACAGAAUAUGUAAAGAUCGAGAAUCCGGUGUUCGGUUUGAAAAAUGGUGAGCCGAUUCAUUUGAAUGCUGAAGCUUCUGGAAGGCCACAAUUGCUCACAAGACAACAAUUCUAUGAGCAUUUCCCAGCCCUCAACGAGAUGACCCCAAUUCGGCACAUUCGAUUCGGUCCCAAAUUUCCGAAAAGAAGAAGAAAAGGAAAUGAGGAGGAGAGCGAUGAUUUCCACCAAGAGCUU